GGCUCCCCUAUCGCCAAAAAUGAUACUGCAAAGAUUGCCUGGAUAAUGCUGGGAGUUUCCGUGGCUCUUUCUGCUGUGGUGGUGGGGAUAAUUGUCUGCCGUAAGAGAGCAAAGAGGAAUGAUAAACGGUAUUUCAUUCAAAUGAUAAUAUCACUCAAAUUUAGAAUAUUAUUCUUUGUUGCUGAAUUGUUCCAUGGUAAAGUGUCUGGGCAUGUCUAUCUGGUGUCGUACUCACUCCCAAGCCACAAGUGACCUUUCUUACAGGCCAAGGCAAUGUAACUUUUGACUAAAUAGUAUCAACUAGGAAGCCGUCCCUGAUUUAAGCGUUACCACAAGCCCAUGAUUAAUUACGAGAAAUUUCAUUGACAUUUAAUUUGCACUUUGAUCCAGUGAGUCUGACAUUGCUGAGUUUAUGUUGCUGGAAGUCCCACACGAGCGGGUUACUAUCAUGGAGGAACUGGGACGAGGCGCUUUUGGAAGAGUUUAUAAGAGCGUGAUGAGGGGGUUACCUGAAAAGAAUACAUCCUCCAAACACAAGGAUCACCGUUUGGAUUCGCAUGAGGGACGUAUUGUUGCUACAAAAGUUCUACCAGGUGUGUGAGUUCAGAAUAUGGCAAAAAGAUAACUUACUCUUUCAGCAAACGCUAUUCACGGGAGUGAUUCUUAUUAAUAACAGGCAAGAGAGCCUCUCUUGUAACAGGUUUGAAUAUUUAAUCCAAUAGAUAGCAAACAUUAUAUCGUGGAAAACAGCAUCUCAAUGCCCCAGUCGGUAACAUUGUGAUGUACCUCAGGGGCCCAUUUUAGAUCUAAAUUUUGUUUUCUACUUAUAUUAAUGACCUCCCUGAAUGUUUGCAAUUUACCACACGAUUUGCAGUGAAUAAAUUACUGUAGACACAAAAACCUUCAGUGAGAUCAGAACAUUGAUAAGGUGUGCUGCAAGGUUGGUCGUGUUAUAAGUGGUCUUAGACAGGCUCGAGUUUAUGUCACAUUAUUUAAACGUACUAAAAAGUAUAUAGCGCUUAAAUCGAUGCCCGUGUUCAAGCAAAAACCGAGCGGGCACCUUUCAACAAAACCACACAGAUAUAAAAAAUGCAAAACAGAGCAGGCUGCAUGAUCACUUCUCAGAGCUGUGACAUGAUAAGAGAUUAUCUCUUUAAACCAAUUCAAAAUGUUAGUGCAUUCCUUCGUAAUGUGUAGAUUGGUCGUUCUCUUAUGUGAUCUUUCGAAAUACGUUAUUCAGUCACUUGAGAACUUUAUCUGAUCGUAUGUGGUUGCAAAUAUGACCACAUUACUGCAGCUUUACUUAGAGCAUGAGUAGCGGAUUUUAAAUCAUUCAUGUCCGAGCUGUAAUCGUCAUUUGUUUCAAACUUACAUGUCUGUUAGGAGUUCACGAUCAUCAACCAUGAACUUGUUAAUUAGUGACACCCAGAUCAAGGCUAAAACUUUUAUCGGACGAUCAUGCUUUUUCGUUUUGUGCCCCUAAACUUUGGAAUGAUUCUCCAGAGCACAUACAGUGUAAAAUGGAGUUUGAAUAUUCGUUCUUCUAAGAGUAAUCUUAAAGCUUUAAAAACCUCUAAGCGUUAUUUUCAUUUCGUAGUUUUGUUUAACAAUUUUUUUUUGUCAGUGUUACGAGGUACUGCUUUCUAGUCGUUUAAGUUUAAAACAUUUAUUUGACGACGAUGACGGUGAGCCGAAAACCCUCGGUGAAACUCAACUACAAAAGCAUAUUGGAAUGUCCCUGUCUAUGCAGAGUCAAUGAAAAUGAGCCAAUUGGAUAGAUGCGUUAGGAUUACAAAUGUACACUCAAGGAAAGUCAUAUUACUGGAGAUAGAAUACCCGUGGGACGAGAAUAGGGAAGCAAUUAAAGAACACAAAACUUGACGUCUAGAAUUAAAGAGACAAGUUUCCGGACUAUAAGAUCUUCCAGUAUUACAUCAUGUUCCAUGUCGUGCUUGGUGAUCGCUAGAUGAAGAGAACUAACGGUUUUUCUUUGAGACUUUGUUUUAUCUACUCACUUAACUCAGGGAACCAAUUUUUUAACGAAUAGAUUUUUUCUCAAGCAGAAAUUAGGACCUGAGCAAUUGACUGUGUUAUAUUUUCAUAGGUUAAAUAUACUUUCAUUUUAAUUAGUUCUUUUUUUCUCUACAUCUCGUUUUAGUUUUUUAUUAGUAACUGAUAUCGUGUAGCAUUUACGUACACUGUUACCUGGAUUUUCUUUAAAUGUCUUUUGUUUUUUUAGAAAAUGCCACGGAAGAGGACAAACGGCAGUUAGUUCGGGAAAUUGAGUUGAUGAAGGAAGUCGGAACACACCGUAAUAUUGUGAGCAUGCUCGGCUACUGGAUCCAAUCACAUCCCAUCAUGUUAAUCUUGGAAUAUAUUCCAAACGGAGAUCUUCUUCAGUGGCUCAGAAACAAAAGGCAACAGGUAUCAUUACUUUAUCAGCUGUAUCAAUAAAAAUUUGCUGGCCUCUUUUUUGCCUUUUGUUUAAAAAAUAUCUUCUCUCCAUUCGGAAUAGGGCUGCGCACAGAUAUUAUUCAUAGAACUCAAACUCAGACAAACGAAUUCCUCAAUUUUGUUUGUCUUUUUGUCAUUAAAAUGUCAAGUUUGUCUGACUUUUGACGUGAAAAUAACAAAAAUGGCAGAUUUCAGACAAACAUGGCAAAUUAGUCACUCUGACGUCAUUAGUAUUCUGUGCUGCACUUUAAUUUUCUAAUGAACAUCGUUCUGGGCGUGUAUGUUCUUUUUCUUACAUUGUGUGGUCUCUUAACGCAGAAGGAAAAUCCUCUCCCUCAUCACACGUCUAAAAACCAUCGUCUUCAGUAAAAAUAAUAAGAUGCUAAACAACUUGAAGUGAGAAUUUGUACAUGUUACCUAUAAUUUAAGUUCUCAAAGACAGAGGUGCAAUAACUGAAUGUAGAUAUCAAUGCAACCGGAUAUUCGUAUUUUUCCAAACGCGGUUUAUACAGCCAGACUGUUUAGAUGCUAUUCAUGUAUUCGGAAAACAAAGAUCGAUAAAUACACAAAAAUUUGUAUUCAACGCUGAAUUAAUUAAGCCAAGCUUGCCCUGGUACGAUCAGUUAAGGUUUUGAAACUGGUUCCUAUCCCUCCCUAAGCCACAUUUUGCCCUGAGUGAGAAGGUAGUGUUAAUGUUGUCUUAGGAGAGGGAAAGGUGGUCAGAAAAGAAAACAAAACGACAUUUUGAACGUUUACCCCUGGGGGUACCCCCGCCCGAUAGGAUGAGGAUCUCCAUCCUUAAAUAUGGUACCGUUAUUCUGUCAAGUAAAAUUCAUGUGCGUUAAUGCCCAACACAUGAGAAACAAAUCACAGAUCUGUUAAAACUGAACUUUACCCUAGAGCUGAUUAGGAGCGCGAUUCAAGGAAGUUUUUUUCUGUUUCCUUUAAUUCUUAGGUUUUGUUUUUCCCUUGAACUGGGCCUCAUUUUCCAUGUUUGGGUCUUUAAUAUGAUAUUGGUUUUCGCUUGUCUAAACUAUUCGAAAUUUUUUAAAGUACCCCCCUCCCCCCAGGUGGGCAUUAACCUUUUCUGGUCAGAAUGAAUCACGGGAUUACUAAUGGUGGAGCUACUCUAUUGUUUGAACAUGGUAACAGGACAAGAAUAGUUUACUUCAACGAACGCUUUUCAUUCUAGUAAUUUACUUGUUUCUUUUCUCAUUUUCCCAUGUAUUCACCAACAGUUGAGGUCCGCCAUUUGAUGAACCGUCCUUGAUUCGAGCUGACAAAGGGCUUCCACUCAAAAUGCUAGUCAGCUUUUCGAUCCACGGUCUUUCAAUAGUAGCAAGAUGAGUUAUUCAAAUCAGCCGAUAACACCAGAGUUUUGCUUUUCACCCCCCCGACCGAAGCAGUAGAAAAGUUUCUUUUUAAAAGACCCUUCAAAAUGUUUUGGUGGACAUAAUAAUUGUCCGUCCAGAGUUUCAAAACCGCCACCGUCUGCUGAGCGGGAGGCCCGGGGGGGGCACUUGGGUAUUUUUUGGGUGGGUAUGUGCCGCCCGGGACUCCAAAAUGGCACCCCGUUCUAGAAAAAAUUUCCCCUUAAAUUGAUACCCCGUUCUAGAAAUGGGCCAAUUUUUUAUACCCCGUUCUAGAAUUCGCCGUAAAACUGAUACCCCGUUCUAGAAAUGGGCCAAUUUUUUAUACUCCGUUCUAGGGUGCUACAAGAGUACAACGGUUUGCUUGUUAACGCAUUGAACCGUAUUUUUAAAAGCAAUCUGUCCUUGACUACUUUCAGUGGCUGCUUACAAAAGUGGAGCUUUCGUGCGUUCGAAAUAUUAUACCCCGUUCUAGAAAACGCCUCUGAAAUGGAUACCCCGUUCUAAAUCAGGAGCUUCAAAAUCACGACCCCUUUGGGCGGCACAUACCCGUAUAGGUAAUGUAUGGGAGUACCCCCCCCCCUCCCCGGGGCGGGAGGCCGUAGGUUCAAACCCCGGCGGGAUCGAACAACACCCAGGGUCUUUAAAGAACUGAGGAGAAAGUGCUGCCUUUGUAUAACAACUGCAAACGGUUUGACUUUCUGGUCUUCUCGGAUAAGGACGAUAAACCGUAGGCACCGUUUGACAAGCCCUUGCACAUGUAAUAAAUCUGUGGGACGUUAAAGAACCCACACACCUGCUCUUUGUGAAGAGUAGGGCACGUAGUGGCCGGUGUAGUGGUUUAUCUCACUUUCACACUCAUGUAUGGGGGCAUCAUUACUCAUUCCUUCAUUACUUGUAAAAUGCACCUUAAGCGGUCUGGCAAAGUCCCCCAAACAGUGUUGUAAAUUACACAUUACACGUCCCGAAAGCCCUGUACGAGAUAUGACGUUUAAUCCAUUUGAAUUUUCCGUGGACGCUUUAAAGAAAGCUGGCCCAUAAGGUAUUCCCGGCUAGAUUUUCAGUUUAACGUCGGUUAAGUAAAUCAAUCUUUCAAUUCACAUGGAUUCCUUUUAAAUUGGGGAAAAUACUUCGGCUAACCAACUGAUAGUGUUGAAAUUGUUUCUGCUGACAAAACCGUUUCAUGAUCAGACGGAAUUCAUUUCAAUAUUUUUUUGCAGCUUACAAUGAAAAAGAGUCAGCAAAGUGAUGUCGUUGAAAGGCUUAAGCCUCCUGUUCCUGAGAGACCGAAAUUGGUGUCCAGGAACCUGCAAACAAAAGAUGUCCUGGAUGAAAACGUGGAAGAGGAGAACAGGGGAAAAAAGAAUGAAGAAAGUGGAAAAGACGGUGGUUAUCAUUCCAGCGAGAAGAAGGAAAUUAAAAUCGACCUGGACGACGUUGAAAGAGGAAUUCUAAUCAACGAUGCUCCUCGAUCUGAGAUGGAACCUUCUUGCUUAAACCUGGGCUUCGAAGGUGACAAGGAGGAAGAAGAAAGUGACGAUGUCAACACGUCAUUUCUACAAAAUGAAGGGCGAAAGGGGUCGGUUGCGUCGGUGAUGGUGUUACCUUCGAUCAGUAUUGCCCAUUUCUCCAAAGAAAAAGAGCUCACUCUUGCUGAGCCCUUAAGAAACGUCGAAGAAAAGAUCACCAUCGAGAAAGAAGAAAGCAGCUGUGAGGGCAAGGAAGAUGAUGAAGAAGACAGUUCUGGGAAAGAAGUUCUAUGUUAUGCGUGGCAGAUUGCUAAAGGGAUGGUAAGAAUUUUUUCGACUGAAGAAUGCCUUGAGCAAUUUAGUCAUCAUUUGCAAAGCACAGAAAUCUGCCUCUUGCCCAUAUUUAAAAGAUUUCUUUUUCCGGCCUGGUAUUCCACGGAGGGCUUCAUUCCACUCACCCCAAGUCUCCCUGAAAAACAGCAUUUAAUUAAGUGUCAACAGGUGUCAACGGGCUUUCUUCCGCGGUUGAAAAACUUAAAAACCUUAUUUUUCAGCCAAUAUUCAUCCCCUCGAGUUAUCGAGGGUAAAAUUGUCUGGAAGUGAUAUGAAGGGAAACAAAAAUUACUUCGAGUUAGCGGGAGUUUCGAGUUAUCGAGGGUUCGAGUUACCGAGGGUAAAAUUACGGUAAAUGUAUGAAGGAAAUCCAGGGGAAAUCGAUUUUGGUUCGAGUUAGCACAAGGUUUGAGUUAGCGAGGGUUCGAGUUAUCGGGAGUCGACUGUAGUUCACUUAGCUUGUUCAACUUUAACGGCUUUUUUUGCUGAAAAGAAUACGUUGCGGGGUUUUCUUGGCCAAUUCCAUGAUUUGUUUCUUCGUUUUCCAACAGCUGUGACGGAAAUCCUCCUUCCAUUCUUCAUGAAUAGACCCACGAUCACUUCCUCCCGCUUUCCGGACCGUUUGCCAGGCUUUUCCAGGCUCUCGAUAGCGGGGAUGUCGUGUAAGCGUAAGGCACCGGCAAAAAUAUAAACGCGUGAUCUAGAGUUGAAAAGGGGGCGGUGGCGGGCCAUCUUUGAGCCUGGAACAGACGUUUCUUUCCACUUGGUUGCCUUUCCGUCAAAUCGUUAAAUCAGUCGGGAGUUCAUUUAGAACGAUAUCCCGAUUAAACUGCUAUCCCCCUGCCAUAUCGUAAAAUCGAGGUUCCAUUCUACUUUCAUAUUGACCAAUCAAAAUGGAAAUUUGUGUUGAUCUAAAGGUAUCUGGUAACUUAAAAUGUUUGAGAAAUAAUUUCGUUAUUUCUGUGCCAGGAAUACUUGGCCAGCAAAGGAUUCAUUCAUCGUGACCUGGCAGCCCGUAAUAUCCUACUUGGUGAGGACAGAGCGGUGAAGAUCGCUGAUUUUGGUUUGUUACGCCAUGCAAAUGAGAGUGAGAUAUACGAAGUUACGAGCGUACACAAGCUACCAAUGAAAUGGAUGGCACCUGAAGCGUUGGAAAGCGGCAUUUUUACUUUCAAGACUGACGUGUAAGUAUAAGAUAUGUUAAGAAGGUCACUGUUAGGCCAAGCUUGGGCUUCUUGUGAUGCAGUGUGACGUUGAGGUUCGAGAUAACAUAGACCCUGCAAUGUUUAGAACUGUCUGAAAAAAAAAAAAGAGCACAAUUUUGACACUGCUUAUAGUAGCGGUUAUCACUCUAUCUCUCAAGGAAUACUCAAGUAUUUGGAAAACAUUAGCCUGUUCCACGCGUGAAACUUGAAAAUAUGAGAUAUAAAUAGAAACUUUGAGCCGAUGAAGUUAAUCUGAGACCACCUUAGAUCUUAGAUUCCACACUCCACAUCCCGCAUUCCAGAUACUGGAUUCCGGAUUCCAACUCAGUGUAUUCCAGCUUUCAAAACGCCUAGAUUCCAGAAUUUCAUAGUUAGCAGGAUUCCGGAUUCCAAGGUCCAUGAUUCCGAGCAAAAACUUCCAGGAUUCCACAAUCUGUAUCACCUUCGAUUGGGCGAGAUAAACAAAAUUGAUGUUUCUAUGAAAUUUAAUUCUUGCUAUUUCUUUAUCUGCUUCCUUUUAUUGCAGGUGGUCUUUUGGAGUUGUUUUGUGGGAACUAGCCACCAUGGGUAAGCUGGUUUUAAAAAUCUUUGUAUAUUGAUGCUGGUAGAAUAAUACUCUUACUUGUCAUUUUCCUAUACGCGAGGGAAUUGAGAGGAAUCCUCCAAGAAAGUAGUUAGAGAAAAGAUUACUGUUCGGUUUUAGGAUCGCAGUCACAGGAGAUUUGAACCGCUUUAUAAAAGAGGCCAUUCUGGCAUAAUGUCGUGAUUGCUAAACAACUAGAAAAAAUAAUAGGCUCAUGUCCGCAGCUCUCUCAGUCGUCUUUACCGGGGAGGAGCGCAGGCUCAUAACAAUCCAGCCUAUAAGUCAUACCCUUAACCACAACUUGACCUGAUAUCAAGUGUCACUUGGCGAAAUGAAUUCUCAGUAAUGGUAAACUUGUACAUUACGUUAUUUUAAACCCACCUGGAGGUUGGUAAAAUGAUAUAACAUGAUGGUCAUUGAACUGAGUGGAGAGCACUUUGGUCUGAAAUCAUCGCGUGAUUUCGCGUGCGAGUUCGAUUUGAGAUUAGAAGUAUCAUUUCAGACUAAAAUUGCACGACACGAAGUUGAAUUAUCACUUUAUUACAGCCAUUUUGAAAUCGCAGAAUUUAACCCGUACCAGCAGUGAUUGGCCGUGGCACGAGAUAAGUUAUCUCGUUAUCCCCCAUGUUCGUUAACAUAUAUUCUGAGGCCAUGCUAAGAGAUGCUUUGAGGGGUGUGAAUGAAGGUAUUCGAGUGGGAAGUUAUCUCAAGACAGUGCGCUUUGCGGAUGAUCAAGCAACCUUAGCCAGUUCAGUUAAAAAUCUUCAACUUAUGAUGGGUAAAAUGCAGGAAAGCGCGGGGGAAUAUGAUAUGAAGAUCAAUGUUAAGAAGACUAAGGUGAAGAAAAUCUGUAAGAGGCCUGGUGAGGAAUUCACGAUCUUUCUUGAGGGUAGACAAUUAAGUCAAGAAUCAUCGCACUUUAACUACCUUGGGAGCCUCAUUACACAGGAUGGAUCCUGUGAAAAAUAAAUUAGAUCGAGAAUAGCCCGAAAACGCGUUUACUAAGAAAAAAGAACUGCCGCUGGACAAAAGCCUUCAGCUAGCUAGCCUUUGCCUGAAGAAGAGAAUUAUAAAGACUGUCAUCUGGGGUACUUUUCUGAAUGGAGCCGAAUGAUAGACCUUAAAGAAAGAGGACGUGCAAUUUCAAAAUGAAAAAUUAGAAAAGCCUGAUAAUCUUUGAUAAGACAGCAUUGAUCUUUAUUUUGUUAUUUUAGGGGGUACUCCAUACCCUGGGAUAAGCCCUAUGAGGCUAUGCAGUUUACUUAAAUCUGGAUAUCGCAUGGAGAAACCCAACACGUGCAGCGAUGAAAUGUAAGUCUGAAUAGAAAUAAUAAAAGACCUCCGAAUAGAGGGCACGAUGAAGAAAUAUACACAUAGUACUACAGAGAGUUUUUUUUUUUUCUAAAAUUGUCAGCCUUUUCCAAGGAGUGGAAACUUCAGCGCGCCUCUUUCCUUUACAUUGCCCCAUUAUAAAAAGAGCCUAUAGAACAUAAGUGUCUUCAAUAUUCAAAGUAAAUGGAGACAUAUCCUUGUGUAGCGGUAUUUUAAACUAUGUAUUCCUUUUUCAACAGAUACAAAUUGACGAUGGACUGUUGGAAGGAGGAUCCAAAUGAACGACCCUCAUUCGUUCAACUAGUACCGAUACUGGAAGAGAUGAUGACAGAAGAUACCCCUUACUAUUAUUUCAGACUACUGGAUCAGAACCAGCCAUGUUACCGUGAGGCAUCCGCCACUAACACCAGUAAAGCUAGUACUCUUGAUACGAAGCUGUAA